AUGUCAGUUCAGAUAUUUAAAGACCAAGUUGAAGAAGACAGGGCUGAAAAUGCUCGUUUAUCUGCCUUUGUUGGUGCAAUUGCUGUUGGUGAUUUGGUCAAGACUACUUUGGGCCCCAAGGGAAUGGAUAAAUUGUUACAGAGUGCAAGUAAUCCAGAUCACUCGAUUGUCACCAAUGACGGGGCCACCAUUUUGAAAUCUAUUCCAUUUGAGAAUCCAGCAGCAAAAGUAUUGGUUAAUAUAUCCAAAGUGCAGGAUGAUGAAGUUGGAGAUGGAACUACUUCAGUUACAGUUCUUAGUGCAGAAUUAUUACGUGAAAGUGAGAAAUUAAUUGACCAGAAAAUCCAUCCACAAACUAUUAUUGAAGGUUUUAGAAUAGCUAGAAAACACGCAAUUGAUGCGUUGGAUAAAAAUGCUGUCAAUAAUGGGUUGGAUCCAGCAAAAUUUAGAUUGGAUUUGUUGAAUAUCGCCAAAACCACUUUGUCUUCGAAAAUUUUGUCACAAGACAAACAACAAUUUGCGACUUUGGCCGUUGAUGCCAUUUUAAGAUUGAAAGGAUCGACUAAUUUGAGCCACAUUCAAAUCAUAAAAAAAGUUGGAGGUAAAUUAUCCGAUUCGUAUUUGGAUGAAGGUUUUAUCUUGGAAAAGAAAUUUGGUGUUGGACAACCCAAAAAAGUUGAAAAUGCCAAAAUACUUAUAGCUAAUACAUCGAUGGAUACCGAUAAAGUGAAAAUUUUUGGAGCUAAAUUUAAAGUUGACUCAACAUCUAAAUUGGCCGAAUUGGAAAAAGCAGAAAAAGUGAAAAUGAAAGCCAAGGUCGAUAAAAUCAAAAACUAUGAUAUCAAUGUUUUCAUCAACCGUCAAUUGAUUUAUGAUUACCCUGAACAAUUGUUUACAGAUUCCAAAAUCAAUACCAUCGAACAUGCCGACUUUGAUGGAGUUGAGAGAUUGGCUUUAGUUACUGGUGGUGAUGUUGUUAGUACAUUUGAUAACCCAACCACUACAAAAUUGGGUCAUUGUGAUACCAUUGAAGAAAUAUUGAUUGGAGAAGAUCCAUUCUUGAGGUUUUCUGGAGUUGCAGCAGGGGAAGCAUGUACAAUCGUAUUGCGUGGUGCCACUGAUCAUGUCUUGGAAGAGGCCGAGCGUUCAUUGCAUGAUGCAUUAUCAGUAUUGUCACAAACAACAAAGGAUACCAAAACUGUGUUGGGUGGAGGUUGUGCCGAAAUGCUCAUGGCAAAAGCAGUUGAUGAGGCAGCAGCCAACGAGACUGGCAAAAAGGCACUUGCAAUUGAAGCUUACAGUCGAGCAUUGAGGCAACUACCUAUCAUUUUGGCAGAUAAUGCCGGAUACGAUUCAAGUGAUCUCGUCACUAAAUUGAGAUCUGCUAUAUAUAAUGGCAUCUCAACGUCUGGUUUGAAUUUGAAUGAAGGCACCGUUGCAGAUAUGAGAGAAUUGGGUGUUGUAGAGAGUUACAAGUUAAAGAAAGCGGUUGUAAAUUCGGCAACCGAAGCUGCAGAGGUUCUUUUGCGUGUGGACAACAUUAUCCGUGCCAAGCCUCGUACCGCCGAUAGAAACCACUAG